AUGGUUACAAAAGCUCACAGAACAAUAUUGACAGCUCCUUGUACAAGGAAUGAGAUUAGGAGGCCUUUCUUCUCUAUUCCUAGGCAUAAAGCACUUAGGACAAAUGGUUUUGGCACCUAUUUCUAUAGAGAUGCAAGGUCUAUAGUUGGGGAGGAUGUGAUUGAUACUGUUUUUGAUGCUUUGCAAGCAGGAAAUAUCUUGAAAGCUUUGAAUACAACUGUUAUUAUUCUGGUGCCCAAAACAAAAUGCCCAAAGAAUGUGAUAGAAUUUAGGCCUAUUUCUUGUUGUAAAACCAUAUAUAAGUGUAUUACCAAGGUUAUUUGUGCAAGAUCAACACAGGAUCUAGUGAAACAUUAUGGCAGGAAAAAUGUGAAGUCAAGUUGUUUAAUGAAGAAUGAUUUGCAGAAAGCUUAUGAUACAGUGAAUUGGGUGUUCCUGAAAGAUAUGAUGUAA